AUGACAUGGGACGCCCACAUAAACGAGGUUUGUCUUGCCCUUUCUAAGGUUGUAGGAAUAACCUCGCGUAAUAAGUACGUUCUACCUGAAAAAACUAAACUUACUUUGUAUUACGCUUUCUUUUAUUCAUAUUUAAGCUAUUGUUUUCUUGUCUGGGGUAAUACCACAACAUCCAAUAUUCAGAAGCUUCUGAUCUUGCAAAAGAAAAUGCUACGUGCUAUUACAAAAGCUCCAUAUAAUUCCCCAACCGGGCAGGCUUACUCGCAGUUUAAAAUUGUGCCUGUAUAUAAUUUAUUUGAAUAUAGAUUCGCGUGUUUUUACAAAAAUAGUAUAGCUAAAAACGAUAAUUUUCUUUCACGUAUUGUUUCUACUGUGCCCCACAAUACGCCUUAUGCAACCAGGGAAAAAGACAGCUUUGUUUUACCUAGAUGUAGAACGAACUAUGGCUUUACAAUGUUGCGAUAUAUCUUGCCUAAGUUUUUGAAUACUCCUCUAUGUGAUCACUUGAAUGGUAUGUCUUCUUCUGUCCUUAGGAACGCUUUUCUAUAAUUUGUCUGUACUU